CUGAGCAGAGGCACCAGAGCAGGUACAGAAACGCCGACAUGAGGACGCACACACUUUUGUCCAUAGCUCUGCUGGGCCUGCUGCUGUCGGCCUCCUGCACCCGGGCCAACGACGCAGACUCCAAAGAAGAAGAAUCACAAGAAGACACAUCGAAGGAGGUGACGGAGGAGACUCCAGGAGAGGAGGAGGGGGAAACCGAAGAGGCACCAAAGAAAGAGAAAACAACAGAGAUAGAGGAGGAGGACGAUGUGAUGAUUCUCCACAUCAACAACUUUGCCAGAGCUCUCAGCGAGAACCAAUAUCUACUGGUUGAAUUCUAUGCUCCCUGGUGUGGCCACUGUAAAAAGCUGGAGCCGAUUUACGCUGAGGUUGCUGGGAAGCUGAAGGAGGAGGGAUCAUCGAUGCGUUUGGCCAAAGUGGAGGCCACAGAGGAGACGGAGCUGGCUCUGGAGUUUGACAUCCAAAGCUUCCCUGUUCUGAAACUGUUCAUAAACGGAGACCGCGAGAAGCCCGUCGAAUACACUGGUAAGAGGACGAUAGAGGGAAUAAUCCAGUGGAUAAAGCGUCGUGCAGGACCCGGAACCCCGGUGCUCGACUCAGCAGACUCUGCAGCUCAGUUCAUCGAGUCCCAUAACAUCACUGUGAUAGGAUUCUUUGAUAAUCUGGAAAGUGAGGCGGCCCAGGUGUUCAAGGAGCUUGCUUUGGAUCUUGCUGACACAGAGUUCGGUCUGUCAGCGAGUCCAGAGGUUUUCCAGAAGUAUGAUGUUAAAGCCAACUCAGUGGUGCUCUUCAAAAAGUUUGACGAAGGCAGAGCCGACUUUUCGUUGUCAGAAGAAGGGGAGCUGAACCGAGAAAAUCUGACCACCUUCAUCAAACAAAACAGCCUGAAGCUGAUCAUCCCAUUCAGCCAGGAGACUGCAGAGAUGAUCUUCAACUCUGGCAUCCAUCUGCACAACCUGCUGUUCAUCAACUCCUCAGCAGAGAGUCAGACAGCCCUGGUGGACGAAGCCAGGACCAUUGCCAAAGAGUUCAAGGGCAAGAUGCUGUUCGUUGUGAUUGAUGUAGCAGCAGCAAUGUCUAAUGUGCUCGAUUACUUCGGCGUGACCGAGAAAGAUGCCCCCACCGCGCGCCUCAUCGACAUGGACACAGGGAAGAAGUUCUCCAUCUCUUCCGGCGACCUCACCAUAAACUCACUGAGACAGUUGUGCCAGGAUGUUGUUGGCGGCACUGCCAAGCCUUACUAUCGGUCUGAGGAGAUCCCAGAGGACUGGGACAAAGAAACAGUCAAAGUCCUGGUGGGAAAGAACUUUGAGUCCGUUGCUCUGGACCCGACCAAAAACGUCUUUGUGGAGUUCUAUGCUCCAUGGUGUGGACACUGUAAGGAACUGACUCCCAUCUGGGAACAGCUGGGCGAAAAGUACGCCGACAGAGAUGACAUCAUCAUUGCCAAGAUGGAUUCCACGGUCAACGAGGUGGAGUCUUUGACCAUUUCGGGAUUCCCAACUCUCAAAUACUUCCCAGCUGAUGGCAAAGAGGUGGUCGACUACCCUGGAAAAAGGGAUUUGGAGAGUUUGUCUAAGUUCCUGGACGAUGGAGGAGUGUUGCCGGAGGCUGAAAGUGAUGAGGAGAAAGAUGAGUUUGACGACACUAGUGAUGAGGAGGCUGCUGAGUCUGCAGAGGUACCGAACAACACAACAUCUAAAGAUGAGCUGUGAUGUCACUUUGGUUUUCGACCAAUCAGGAUCUUACCAUUUUUCAUAAUAAAACUAAUUUGGGUUACAAAACAUAAACAUGUAGCUACUUAGGUUUGUCUUGAUACUUAACUUGAUUUUCUGCAACACAAUAGUCUCUGUUUGUAAGUAUUACAUCUAAUUUCUCUAAAUAUCUCAUGAAUAAAAAUCA